AUGCUCCUCGACAAGCUUAUGCCAUUCUUCGAAUUUAUCGCCUACUUUGGGGCACUUUUGUCUGGAUGGUUGAUUUGUUCACAAUAUGGCCGUGACGGUUAUACAGGGGGCGAGAGUCGGAUGCGAGCAAAGCUACUGUUGCAACUAUUACAGAUGUCUCCAGAGGAACGAUCUGAUAGAAUCUUGGAUCUCUUCUUCUUUGUACUGUCUGGAAAGACAACCGAGGUACCUGAGGAAGUUCUUCCCGAGAUUCUCGAGCAUCUCGAACGACGAAUUGGUGGCACAGAAACUGUUCAAAGAAGCGAAUGGUUCCGGACAUUGUCCACAUCCGAACUUAACAGAUAUUGCGACGCGCAGCUUAGAGUGACUCCAAGUCGUCGACGUAAUUUUGCAUUAGAAAUCAAAGAGAACUGGAACAUACCAACUGUGGAGCGUCCAAUGGGAUUUGAGAAAGAGAUUGCCAGGGUUCAGAAGCGUAUUGAGGAGUACAAGAGAGGAAUUUCUUCAACGAAAGCAAAGAUGGCGGAAAACAUUGAUCUUGAAAAAGGACCUGGAUGGGAGAGAUGA